AUGGCAAAAUUUCACUGCAGGCGAGAACUCGUCGCAAAUGAAAAUCAGUCACGGUGCGUGGACAACCCGCGCGACCCGGGCAACUGUUCGAUAAUCUACGAGGAAUGCAAGAGGGGUUUCUAUGGUAAGUACUGUGACAGCACCUGUGCCUGUGAUUCAGACCAGUUCUGUGGCAGACUCACCGGAGAGUGUCUGGACUGCGACAAACACGGCAAAAACUGUGCUGCUGCUUCGGAUGAGCACAGCCACAUGAAUAUAAUCAUAGUAGCCAUCGCAGUCAUCUGUGCAGUCAUGAUCGCCCUCAUCUUGCUCUUCAUCAUGAGGAGGGUCAUCGUCCAUAGACAGGACACCAAGCACCAGAGGUCAAAGGGCGCCGCCAGACUCAUGCUCAACCCAGAAGAGGUCAUUUUCCACCGUGAUCCAAUCACAGGUGUUCCACAAGCUUAUUGCACUAUUGGUCCAAGACGGAACCUAGAGGGAAGCACUAGUAUGGGGGUCAACUUGGGCUCGCCUUCCAGUUGCAGUGAAAAAGACCAGCAGCCGAUGCGGGUUGCACUGCCACCCGAGAUGAACUUCCGGGGAUACUCCACAGUGCCUCACAAAAAUUCAUAUGGGGAUAACCUUAAGGGUCCUGGCCAACGAGUCGAGUUGCCAUAUAUGGUACCUGUCGUCUCUCGAAACCCAUUCCAGCAUACAGUUCCAAACGAUUACUCACUCGACAAUCCUCCGCCGUCGGCGAACCUUCCGUCGAGCAGUCACUACAACCCAUUUACCAACGAACCCAUAAACGAUGCUCGAGCAAGUUACGAUAGCGGAACAUACGAGACCAUAAGAGACGAGAACCUAUACGAAGAAAUGAACUACGCCUCGCUAUACGAAACCGCGGAGCCUAAACCAGGCUCGGUCAAGUUUUCAACUUUACUGCAUAGACCAACGGAGCCUAGCGUGGCCACGCUGUCGCGAGAUACAUACGGGAACAGUAAUAAUACGAAUGCAAGCAGGAUGUUGUCGUUUAUGCCGAGGAGUGAGAGUAGUCAUUCGGAGCACUACAGGUCUCCGUCCGAUACAUAUGGUGCUCAAAUGGAACUAUAUGGCAGCCAAAAUUCAGAAACAUAUUCUUGAAGACAAGUUAAUUCAACACUUUAGUAUUAGUGAAGCUAUUGUAAUUGUCACUUUGUGAUUUUAAUGUUAACUCACUUUCAAAUCAAAUAUAUUUUUGUGACUUA